AUGAAGCUAUACUGCUUCCCCUUCUCCACCUGCACCCAGCGUGUCCGGACCAUCCUGACCGAGCUGGGUCUCAACGCGGAGCUGAUAACAGUCGACCUGAUCAAAGGGGCCCACAAGGAGGAAGAAUAUCUCGCGAAUUUCCAUCCGUUCGGCAAAGUUCCUGUCCUCGUCGACGGGGAGAUCCAGAUAUUCGAGAGCCGGGCGAUAUGCCAGUAUCUCGCGACGAAGCACGGGAGCAGCCUAUCUCCUUCUGAGAUGAAGCGUUACGCGGCAUACCAGCAGGCACUCUCCAUCGAACAAUCCUAUUUCGACCCCCCCGCCCACACCAUCGCGUUCGAGAUGGUAAUCAAGCCUCGCAAGAAGCUAGGCGAGCCCGACAUGGCGCUCGUGCAGCGCAGUCUCUCCCAGCUAGACUUGGCGCUGCAGGGAUACGAGCGUCUCCUGAGUCGACAGACGUACCUGGCUGGCGGGGAGGUGACGCUCGCGGACCUGUACCAUCUUCCGUACGGGGUGGCGAUAGAGCCGUUGGGCUAUACGGCACUACUGGACAAGUAUCCUGCUGUUAAAGCGUGGUGGGGGAGAUUGAAGGAGAGAGAGAGUUGGAUAGUAAUUACCAAGUAA